GUGCGGGAGCCAUGAGUUUUUUGAUUAUCUAUGUGAAGGUAAAAAAACCGCCGAUUUUCGAAUUUUGUAACCUUUGAUGCAUCAGAAUCGUAUUCAAAGGACAAGUCAAAUGUCAAAUGCUAGUUAUGGUCUAAUUCUUGUUACCCAAAGUACAUUGGCUUUCUCAUUUUUCCAGUUUCUUUCCUCAAUUUUUGAAGGGAGGUGGUUGCGUAUAAUUUUAAAAUAUGUAGCUAUACAACAUUAAUGGUUGCACCCAAAAUUUUAUAUUUUAUUUGGUGAAAUCGAUGUAACGCGGAAUGGCACAUUUCCCAUAAUAUGCCUCUAUUGACAUUUUUUAAAUUCAUGCCAAAUUUCAAAUCGAUUGGAUGAGUAGAACAGAAAUAAACUUUGAUACAGACAGACGACAGACCCACAAAACGAUUCCACAAGCCCUUACUCGGGCUAAAAGUGCGUCAGAGCGAGCAUUAUGCUGAAUAACUUGCUACAUACAGUAUCAUUCGUUGAAGAACAUAAAGCCGUGGAAAAUGCAAAGUUCUACACAAAAAUUCUUCUGGCACGCUGGGAUCCUAGUAUGCCACUCAUUUUUAUGCAAUUUUAAGAUUAUACAGGGGACAGUGACACUCAAUCUUAUCUAUUGUACGCUCCGCCGCCUUUUCCCUUCGCAAAAUUUUCCAUUGUAAAUAUGUACCGUGACGCAUAAACCAUUUUGUUUGUAUCAUAAAUUGUUGUUAAACUUCUUAAGAUAGUACUUCUUACUGCGUGCCUAUUUACCUAACCCAUGUGUAGGUUAGAUCUUGAUAUUUAAAUUAUGCAGAAGCGCGUGCACCGAUUGAUUAAGUGAUAAUACAACUUUCCCAAACUUUCCAAAGUUUUAGAGGGGCGAACUUGUGGUGCCCAAACUUGUGGCACCUUGUCCCAGAUCAAGGGAUACGAAGGCUCUUGACUGACUAACAUUAAUUACAAUCUCACUUCGUUUCCCAUUCAAGCAAAGAAUAUUUGGCAAUUCUCACUUAAUUCCAUUCCGGUCCGGAUAGAUUCACGACAUUCCGUUCGAGUAUGAUCCUAAAUCUGGGAAACUUAUCGUCAUGAAGUCCCGCAAACGGAGACGCGUCACCCAAAUCCAGUCACUGAUAACGUUGACGUACUUGCUCGUCCUCCUGUACAAUUUCUUCUUUGGAGACAUGCCAAUUCUGAAAAGGUUGCAGGGAGUCCCAUUCUUGAUGUCUUACGCGGUGCUGAGCUCCCUCGGGUGGAAUGUGGGACUCGACAUCGCCCUGAUGCAAUGGAUCAAUUCGAUUCUCAACUUUGAACGCGAUUUGUUACAAGAGGGAGAAAGUAUUUCGACCUCAAUUACAACAAAGUUGAUGUUCAUCUUCAUCUACUUGACCGAGUUCACCGUCAUGGCCGUCCCCUCGGCGGUUUGCUUACUGCUCAUGGUGGACCCCUGCGUACCGCCAUUUCUGCUCUCGUUCUCGCCAAGUUGUUCCACCAUCUCGUGGAUGCCACCAGGACGUGAAAUAUUCGUCGUUUUGUUCGAAGCUUGGAUGGCUCUGCAACUGUUCAGUUCUGGGGCGACGUGGGCUUUCUUCAUCUUCUUUGCAGGAAUUGUCGCAAUGCUCAACUACUUUCAAUUGCUGGAAAGCCGAAUUUGUAAGGCUGUAACAAUCUUUCAAAAUCAAGCCUGCCUCAAGCUCUACAGGAGUAUUCAAAUCCUGGAAAAAUAUAUGAAUGGAUGCACCAUGGUGCGAAUUGUCCCUUCGAUGGUACUGUGCACUCCGAACUUGCAAAUUAUCUCGCAGUUCGUGAGUAUCAAGCUGCACUCCAAAAUAGCGAUGCCCGGCUUUCUCAUCUUCCCCCUCAUCAUGGUGGACGCCGUUAUUGUGAACGUCUUCGUGUACACGUUGGCCUCCUGGGUAAACAGCACGUCCACGAAGCUACUUCAAACCCAGGUUCGACGAACGGUCCAAUUUGGCGGGAAGAAAUCCCAGCUGGCGAGAGAGAUCAGGGCGUGUGGCGUACUGAAGAUCAAAUUCGGCUCAAACUUCAUCGACAACGGGACCCCGCUAGUGAUUCAGAACUUCUGCUUUAACCAAACCUUAAAUCUGCUGCUGAUCAGUGACGGACGAAAGGUGGGACGACGUUAAGAAGUUCGAACAAACGACGCAGUAGUAAGCGUCAGCUUCGUAUGGUUUGAUUUUUACAAAGAAGACCUUCCCGUUGUAAGUUUUCUAUAUUAUGUAGAAACUCGUUUAAAAAUCAAACCAUAAAUGCUUAAAUAAGUUUUAUUCUCUGUCAUGGAAACAUGUGCAUGUAUACUUUUAUUAAACUUGCAG